AUGAACACCUCGGCACGAUACAUCAUCGUCGUGCUUGCUUUUAUCAUAUCCAUCCAUUACAUCAUCAGUUUCACGCAUGAAGGUUAUGGUCGAGCAACCUCCUUCUCCAACAUCGCCUCCAAGUUCCGGCCCUCCUCUAGCGUCAACACCGGAGACACAUACGUACUUCCUGACAUCAUUGCCCCGCCACACGAGCCCAGUCUGAACGACACGCUCGUGCUCGACCGCCAGGCGAAUGCAACAUUUGUCAUCCUCGCACGCAACUCGGACAUCCAAGGCACGGUGAGGAGCGUGCGCGAGAUUGAGGAUAGGUUCAACCGGAAGUACCGGUACCCGUAUGUGCUGCUGAACGAGGAACCCUUUACGGAUGAGUUCAAGAAGCGCGUAUCGGUGCUGACUUCAGCCAAGAUGGAGUUUGGUGUAAUCCCGCACGACCAUUGGUUCCAGCCUGACUGGAUUGACGAGGAGAAGGCAAAGGCGGGCAGGGACAAGAUGGUCGAGAAGAACAUUAUCUAUGGAGGCAGCGUGUCCUAUCGGAAUAUGUGCCGGUUUAACUCUGGGUUCUUCUUCAGACAUCCUUUGAUGGAGAAGUACCGCUGGUACUGGCGUAUCGAGCCAGAUGUCCAUUUCCACUGCGACCUCACGUAUGACCCAUUCCUGUUCAUGGAGGACAAAAAGAAGGUUUACUCAUUUACGAUAACGAUGUACGAGUACCAGGCGACGAUUCCAACACUCUGGGGCCACGCUAUGAAAUUCGCCAAAGACCACCCCGAGUAUGUCGCGAAAGAUAACGCGCUAGGAUUCAUGUCGACAGACAACGGCAAGACGUACAACCUGUGCCACUUCUGGUCGAACUUCGAGAUCGCCGACAUGGCCUUCUGGCGCGGACCAGCUUACACCGCCUUCUUUGAGUACCUCGACAAGCAGGGCGGGUUCUACUACGAGCGCUGGGGCGACGCACCCGUGCAUUCGAUCGCUGCCGCCCUCUUCGCCUCGCGCGACCAGAUCCAAUUCUUCGAUGAUAUAGGGUACGAACACAACCCGUACACACACUGCCCGAAGAGCAAGAAAGUGUGGGAGGAGAGGCGGUGUAGCUGUGAUCAGCAGAGAAGCUUCGACUAUGAUGGGUACUCGUGUAUGAGCAAGUGGGAUAAGUUCGUUGAGACACGGUGA